AUGGCCGUGUUUUUAUGCUCCUCCACCUGUACCUCAGUACUACAGUCGAUCUGUUUUACAUUUCCCGCUCUUUCCGCCAUCUUCCUACAACCUGCUUUAACACAGCGCUUGGACAACCCCCCAGCCAACAGGCUCCUUCGUAGAGGGUACUCACGAGCAAUCGUCCUCGGACAUUAUGUAUACAUAGACGGCGGCGAAGUGUCCCAGCUACCGGACGGCUUAAACCCCGUCGGCCCUGGUCCGGUGAACUCGACGCUCUCGAUUGACAUCUCAAAGUCGUGGCUCACAUCGACAGUCGAGAUCAAGGCGACGUCCAAAGCGAACGACGGGCCGGUGCCGCUAUCCGACCAAGCCCUUUGGGCCGACCCCAGCGGCAACGCCUUCUACAUCAUUGGAGGGCGCGCGCCCUAUUCCCGCAACGCUGACAAGAUUACCAAAGAUGGGAUCUGGAAGUUUACGGCGGAUGGCAUGGGGAGCGGGAAGUGGGAGAAGGAAGAGCCGUUUAACCUCGAUAUAUUCAAGUCGAUCAAUCUGAUAGAGAAGGCUGCGUUCGCCACCGCUCAUGGCUCCUUCGGCAGCAUCGGCUACGUAAUAGGCGGCCAGACGUCGAUGGCUUCUGAUCCCGACAUCCAGGACGGCGGCAAGGGGUACUAUAUACCCUCACCAGUAGCGAUCUCCUACGACAUACAGACCAAGACGUUGGGAUCGCUCGAUAUUCGGCCAAUCCUACCGUUAACCACCUCGCUGUUUGAUAGUCGGGCGAUAUAUGUCCCUCAGUUCGGCCCCAACGGCUUUGUGUUUACCUUGGGUGGAGUGAAAGUGGUGCCGGUCGGCAGGCAGAAUAUUGGUAUAUCAGGAUUUCUGAACUUCAACAAUGUGACUUUCUUCGAUCCCAAGACCGGCCAGUGGAGAUCACAAGUCACGUCAGGCGUCGCUCCGGAGGAUCGGGAAACGUUUUGCGUGGUGGGAGUAGCCGGCCAAGCUGGGACGUAUGAAAUGCUGAAAAAAGCCUUUGACGAUCUCUUCAUCUUGAGUCUUCCAGGCUUUGUCUGGUUUCGAGCAGACGCCCGCUCAUCCGAGCCCCGGAACAACCACGACUGCGUCGUCAUAGGCAAGCGUCAGAUGCUAGUCUAUGGCGGGGAUGCCUUCGGCCAGAAAGACUAUUUGAGUACCAAGGAUCCAUUCCUACAGGGCCUAGGCAUCUUCGAUAUGACCGAGCUGGCAUGGGAUGCAGACGGCAAGUAUAACGCAGAUGCAGAAGACUACCGCACGCCCAAGAUUGUAGAGGACUGGUAUAGAAGCCACAAUCUCUCUGAUAUCUCGUGGUCGUCGAAUGAAGUGAGGGACACCUUCCUUGCGAACACCGUCGACUUUGAUAAACCAGCUUCAACUUCUACAUCUUCUCCCUCCAGCGCCACAGCCUCGGCAACGCCUGCUACUACCAACCAGGCGUCGUCUGAGAGUAAGGUCGGAGCCAUUGCUGGGGGUGUGGCCGGUGGGGUUGCUGCGCUGGCCAUUGUCGCGGGGUUGGCCUACUACUUCCGAUUUAAGAGGUCGAAGAAGCCACCUUCAUCCGGUGAGCUUCAAGCUCUAGAAAGUGGCGAACCGAAGGUCGAGUCAGAAGCCAAAAAAGAGCUUCCUACAGAGGCUCAGGCCACAGAGUUGGAUGUGCCACCUAAAGAGCUUCCAAGUAACAAUGAGACCUGGGAGCUUGACGCUGCGAGCCAACCACGAGAGCUAGAUAUAACGAAUGAGACCUAUGAACUCAGCUCAGAACACCAGAGGGUUACUCAAUAACAGCAACGAGCCCAACAAGUAUCGUAUAAUCUCGAGCAAUCUAGGUUCCAGGUCAGCUCGGGAACGCAGGUUUAGAGGUUUACCAGUUGCGUUUGGCUGUGUGCACGUGGUUGUCGAUGCAAUCACAGAGCUUUAACCCUGCGUUGCCGGGCUGACCUGCAAUCCGGAUUUAUUGAGAUUAUACGGUAGGAUACAUUGAUCAAUACCAUCACCUGUGUUCUCGCACAUACCCGAAAACCCAAAAGGGAUCAUGUGUAAAAUUAUAUCAAAUUAAGCUUCCUCUUCCGCUGUGACAUCCUCGACCGCAUCAUUUACUCAUCACCCUCCGCACGGACCAACAGUGGGAGGCGUGGUAGGAGGUGUUGCUGUCCUAGGCGUACUUGCUGGGUCAACUUACUACUUCCGGUUCAAAACAUCGAAACCAUCGUCACCAUCCAACAACAUUGGAACUGCUGGAGAGAUGGGUGGCG